AAAUGUAUUCUGUCCCCAAAUUACUACAUUAACCUUGGUAAAAACCGUAUUCUUGGCGUUUUCUGAGCGAACAAAAUCAUAGGUCACAGGCCAAGGCUUCCGAGGCACCUGUUCUGUUGACUUCGACCUUAAGGAUCUUGACUGGGUCUUGCUAAAACCGGACGGACUGAGGCUGCUAGAGCUACAGACGGCCGACGAGGGAGGUUUUUACCGAGAGGAGUAAAGGAGGAAGUACUCGGGAGGGCUGGAAGAACUCUGGAACGGACGAGAUGGUACCACUGCAGCAGGUUACUGUGGGAAUGUUGGCGGGGGUGAUCGCACUGGUUCUCUUCUCUACCGCUGAUGCUCAGCACGGAUCAUGGGGAUACACCGGUGACUCGGGUCCUUCCACGUGGGCCACCAACUUUCCCAACUUCUGUAACGGACAGAAGCAGUCGCCCAUCGACGUGAGCACCAAAACGGCGACGCAGAAGUCAUUCCAACCUCUGAACUUCAAGGGCUUCGACACCCCGCCGGCCGACGCACAAAUGCGCAUCAAGAACAACGGACAUGCCAUACAAGUGGAUCUACUGUCCAAGACUGGCAAGACGGACAACUACCAAAUAUCUGGCGGAGGACUACCGGGCACGUACAAUGUGCUGCAGUUCCACUUCCAUUGGGGGUCGGAGCACACCAUCAACGGAAAACGUUACGACGCCGAGAUGCAUGUGGUGACUUACAAUGCCAAGUAUCCAUCAGCUUCGGAAGCCGCUAAGGUGUCCCCAGACGGGUUUGCUGUGUUGAGUGUGCUACUGGAGGCCACUUCGAAGACGGCAAACCCUGGGAUGCAGAACAUCGUUUCACAACUUUCAAAUGUUCAAAACAAAGGUAUGAACUACACGUACCCGACGUCUUUCUCCAUCAACUCUCUGUUUCCCGCCGACAAGGCGAACUACUGGCGCUACAUGGGCAGUCUCACCACGCCGAAGUGCAACGAAGUCGUCGUCUGGACCAUUUUCAAAACUUCCCUCAAGAUUUCUCAGGCUCAGGCCAACGCCCUGAAGACUAGCUGCUAUUUCAACCCCGCCGGGGACCAGGAACAACAGCCGCUGAACAACAACUACCGGCCCACCCAGCCGCUUAACGGCCGUACCGUGUUCGACUCCUCUAACACGAGCGGCGUGCCUCAGCUGGCCCCCACAGUCCUGGCUCUCUUCAUCGCCCUGUUAUCAUCCACGGCGCUGCAGUUAUAAACAAGACUCUUUGGUUGCUGCUGUUUAAUUUUACGUUUUGGCAACGCCAACGGCCGGAGCCGUUAGUAUCUUGUACCCGCUAUUUAAACUUGCCCACAAAAAUAAAAGCUACAACUUAACUUCUCAAGCUAAAGCAAGUUGUAGUUUGAUAAGCCUAUGUGUUGCUCACCUCAAACUUUCGAAUUCUAUGAGUGAUAACCCCAAAAAAUGAACUGAUGGAGCGAGGCGAAUCUUGCUAGAGUUACAGCAAGACUUUGUUGCAUCAAACAUAUAACUUAUCAUUAGUGACAUAAGCACGGCAAAAAUCGCAAGAGAGUUGGGCAUGACAUGCUAAAAAUGUAGGAAGCUAUUUAUAACUGACGUCUAUGUAUAGAUGUCUAUAUACUGUUCUGGAAAAAUUUGAAAAAAAAAAGUCACCCGAAAAGGCAGAAUAGGUAAGAAAUUAGAUACAAUUUCAUAUGACUGCAAAAUGUAUAUGUGUGUAGCUAUAUGUGGAAAUCUAAAUGUUGCGCAAGAAAAAAAAAAGUAUAUAUGUGAAUAUCGUAGAAUAAGUGUUUGUGGUGUCAUGUUGUGAUAUGUUAUUGGGCAUGCUCUGGUGAUAAAAGUGCGAUAGUCGACAAUCAUCCGCUUGCAAUACCCUAACCCUAAACCCUGACCCUACCCCGACUCAGAUAUAGGCCAUCAUUGAAACGUAGCUACCAAUGUAAUAUGGAAACUAGGUUUUGAUACGAAUUGCCUUGUAUUAUACGGCACUAGUUAGAGGGGCAAACCAUUCCGUUUAAAAAAAACAUGGUAAGGAAACAUACACAGUACAACAGUCAAGAAAGUUCAUCUG